UUGGCAGAUUUUACAGACGGUAAAUAACACAAAGCUCCAUGAUGAUCGUGAAUACUUUGGGAGUCUCAGUUGCUCCCCGGAUGUCUCCGGUCAUGGAGGAAGGCCCAGAGGAAGACAGCGAGGAAGACGUCCGUCCUUCUACCGUCCCGAUAACGCACUUUAAUGACAAUAACAGCAACAACAACAAAGAGCGAGAGAAGAAGAAGAAAGCGAAAAAGGAGAAAAAAGAAAAAAAAGAAAAGAAAGAGAAGAGAAACAGGAAGGAGCAGAAGGAGCAGGAGAAUGAGAAAGAAAAGCAGAAAGAAAAAGAAAAAGAAAAAGAAAAAGAGAAGGAGAAAAAAGAAGCGCCGAAGGAGGUGUUUGUGAUUAACCCGGCCAGUAACCUGUACUACCAGUGGCUCCUUCUCAUCACCAUGCCCGUCAUGUACAACUGGACCAUCAUCAUUGCGAGAGCCUGCUUUGAGGAACUGCAGCAUGAAUAUCUGAUCACAUGGUUCUUCCUCGACUACAUCUGUGAUCUCCUUUACCUGGCUGAUAUGGCCUUCAAAACAAGGACUGGCUACCUCGAGCAGGGUUUACUUAUCAAAGAUCAGAAACUCCUCAUCCAGCACUACAAGGACAGCCCUCACUUCUGGCUCGACGUCAUCUCCAUGAUACCCACUGACGUGCUGUACUUCAUCCUGGGUUUGGACUACCCCGAGAUCCGCAUCAACAAGCUGCUACGCAUCAACCGCAUGUUCGAGUUCUUCGACCGCUCGCAGACCAUGACCAACUACCCCAACAUCUUCCGCAUCUGCACUUUGGUCAUGUAUAUCAUCAUCAUCAUCCACUGGAACGCAUGCCUCUACUUCUCCUUCUCCAAAGCUAUUGGUUUUGGUUCAGAUCCCUGGGUCUACCCGGCACUCACCGAGCCGGAGUUUGGGGACUUGCUGAGGAAGUACUCUUUCAGCCUCUACUGGUCCACGCUGACUCUCACCACCAUCGGGGAAACACCGUCUCCUGAGCUGGACUCUGAGUUUCUCUUCCAUGUGGUAGACUUCCUGGUUGGUGUCCUGAUCUUCGCCACCAUCGUUGGGAACAUCGCCACAAUGAUCUCCAACAUGAAUGCGGCUCAAGCCCAGUUUCAGGCGCGCAUCGACAGCAUCAAGCAGUACAUGCAAGUGCGGCACGUCAGCAAGGACCUUGAAGAGCGAGUCAUCAAGUGGUUUGACUAUCUGUGGACCAAUAAAAAGGCGCAAGAUGAAAGGGAGGUACUGAGGUACCUGCCGGACAAGCUCCGGGCAGAGAUCGGCAUGAACGUUCACCUGGAUACGCUGAAGAAGGUGAGGAUCUUCGCAGACUGUGAAGCGGGGCUGCUAAUAGAGCUCAUUCUUAAAUUACGACCUCAGGUGUUUAGCCCUGGCGAUUACAUCUGCCGCAAGGGCGACAUCGGGCGGGAGAUGUACAUCAUCAAGGAGGGUAAACUGGCCGUGGUGGCUGACGAUGGAGUCACACAGUUUUGUGUUCUGGGUGAUGGAAGUUACUUUGGCGAGAUCAGCAUCCUGAACAUCAAAGGCAGCAAAGCAGGGAACCGCAGGACAGCUAACAUCCGCAGCAUCGGAUACUCGGACCUCUUCUGUCUGUCCAAAGAUGACUUAAUGGAAGCUCUGACCGAGUAUCCUGAUGCCAAAAACAUGCUGGAGGAAAAGGGGAGGCAGAUCCUUAUGAAAGAUGGCCUGAUUGACCUGGAUCCAGCCAACCUGAAGCCAGAUCAGAAGGAUCUUGAGGACAGAGUGAACCGCAUUUACAGCACCAUGGAGCUGAUGCAGUCCAAAGUGAAGAAACUGCUAGCGGAUUACGAGAAAUCUGAGAAUCAGCUGACACAGCGCAUCGUUCAGAUAGAACACUAUGCUGGGGAGAAGGUGGAAGAGGAUGAGGACGAGGGGCAGAAGGAAGUGAUGGAAGAGGCGGCACCAAAGCAAGUCACGGAGGAGAAGAAAGAGGAGGACAAGUAGCAGGCUUGACGGGUUGUGGUCUUCAUUUUGUUGAACCAAAAUGUCUCCCUAUCACAUAGAGUUCCAAUUAGAAGCACACAUGUAUCACAACCAUUAACCUGUAAUCCAAACGCAUAUUCUGAAAUAUUCCCAGCGCUGAGAGUCGCGUACGUUCUCAAUCACAGAUCCGCAGAUCCCCAGACGACUUGACGAGCAGGAAGAUGUGUCACAUGAUGUUUUCAUGCUGUGUGAAGAAGCUCAUUAAAGUUUUGGAUUAAAAUUUUGUUUUGUUUAAAUUGGAAUCCAGCUGUGUUUUACAGAUAAA